AUGGAAGGUGAAGGAGAAGAAGUAGUAAAUAAGGUUAAGAAGAAAAAAGAAGAGUUUUUAGAUAUAAUAUUUUCAUGGUCUCUUGAUGACAUUCUCAACCAAGACCUUUACAAAAACCAGGUGGACAGGAUACCCCAUACUUUUGAUUCGGAACAACAGUAUUUUAGUUGUUUUGUUUAUCCUUUGCUUGAGGAAACACGUGCCGAACUAGCUUGCUCUAUGGAGGUCAUACAUAGAUAUCCAUCUGCUCACAUUCUCUCUAUUCACGAGGUCAGACGCGAUGGAAAAGCUGUGUAUGAUGUUAAAGUUGGUUCGUGGAGAAACACAUCUUUUGAACGUGGCAAACCGCCUUACCACACAUUACCUGGUGAUCUUCUCAUUUUCAUGGAUGGAAAAGCAGAGUCUGUUUCUGAUUUGCAAUGCAUGGGAAGAACAUGGGCGUUUUCCUUAGUUAGCAAAAUCACAGAGAAUGAUUUUGAAGCUCCAUCAUCACGAUUCACAGUUAAAGCUUCACAACCUCUGGAAUUCCAAGAUGGGAUGUUUGUCGUUUUCUUAAAAAAUAUUAAAAUCCAGACAAGGAUUUGGGAUUCACUGCACAUGAAUGGAAAUAUGAAUAUCAUUAAAGCGGUUCUUGACCCCCAUUCUAUGGUCAAGAAGAAUUGCAAUACCUGUUCUUUUGAUUUCGAUAGUCUUUCUUCUCAAAAUAUAAAUCUGUUGGAUAAGCUGAACGAAUCACAAAGAGCAGCAGUUAUCGCGUCCCUUGAGAAAACAGAAUGUAAUCACAAUUCGUACGUGGAACAAAUACGGGGACCACCGGGUACAGGAAAAACAACAACAGUUAGUGUUUUGCUAUAUGUUCUCUUGCAAAUGAACCGUAGGACUCUUACUUGUGCACCAACAAACAUUGCUCUGUUACAACUAGCUUCACGAAUGCUAAGUUUGAUUAAGGAAUCAUCUAAAACUACAACUGCUAUUGGUGAUUCCAUUUGUUCGUUCGGAGACAUCCUUUUAUUUGGCAGCAAGGAAAGAUUAAAAGUUGGUGCAGAGAUAGAAGACAUAUAUAUGGAGCAUCGGGUCGAAAGGCUUAUAGAAUGCUUUGGGUCUUUGACUGGUUGGAAGCAUUCCAUGAGGUCUAUGAAUGUUUUACUUGAAAAUUGUGUAUCUCAGUAUCACGUCUUUCUAGAAAAUCAGUUGUUCAAAGAAAACCAACUUGCAAAUGAAAAUCAAAGUCAAAAUGAAUGUAAAACGAACAAGUUACAAGUCAAAUCAUUCCUUGAGUUUGUGCAAGAUCGGUUUCGUUCUUCGGUAAUGCCACUUAGAAGAUGCAUCCUUACAUUCUUUACUCAUGUCCCAAGAAGUUUCAUGAAGGAAUACAACUUCCAUAGCAUGAUACAUCUUUUGGAUAACUUAAGUUUAUUUGAAUCCUUGUUGUAUGAAGAGAACUUGGUUUCAGAAGAACUUGAGCACCUUUUCACAUCUAAACCAUUGCCUGAUGAGCUGGAGGAUAUGUCGUCAAUUAAUUCUGUUAGAGUUAAGUCUAUAUUGGUUCUAAGAGGUCUGCAGAUAUCUCUUGAAGCACUAGGUCUUCCAGAUGUUGUAAAAAGGCAUGCAAUAGUAGAGUUCUGUUUCGAAAGAGCUUCUCUUAUAUUUUGCACAACAUCGAGUUCGUACAAGUUGCAUAUGGUUCCAAUGAAGUCUUUGAACAUUUUGGUCAUAGAUGAAGCUGCACAGUUAAAAGAGGCCGAGUCCACUAUUCCUCUUCAGCUUCCUGGGAUGAAGCAUGCUAUUCUCAUUGGAGAUGAGUGCCAAUUACCUGCAAUGGUUACAAGCAAUCUAUGUAUUGAAUCUGGCUUUGGCCGGAGCUUAUUUGACAGACUGAGUUCUGUAGGCCAUUCUCGACAUUUACUAAAUGUUCAGUAUCGAAUGCAUCCUUCCAUCAGUUUCUUCCCUAAUUGGAAGUUCUAUCAAAAUCAGAUCCUUGAUGCUAAAAAUGUGUUAUGUGAAAGUUAUGAAAAGCGAUAUCUUUCAGGACCAAUGUUUGGUUCGUAUUCAUUUAUAAAUAUUGUUGGAGGAAGAGAAGAAAAGGGUGAUGAUGGACAAAGCAAAAGAAAUUUGGUUGAGGCAGCUAUUGUGAUUAAGAUUGUACAAAAUCUUUAUAAAGUAUGGAAAGACUCGAAGAAGAAGCUUACUAUAGGUGUUGUAUCUCCUUAUGCUGCCCAAGUUGUUAUAAUCCAAGAAAAACUUCCUCACAAGUAUGAGAAACUUGGUGGAUUUUCAGUAAAAGUGAAAUCGAUUGACGAGUUUCAGGGUGGAGAAGAAGAUGUUAUUAUUUUAUCGACAGUCAGAUCUAAUAGCCAUGGAUCUGUUGGAUUCAUGUCUAGUCCACAAAGGACUAAUGUUGCCCUCACCAGAGCAAGACAUUGUCUAUGGAUUUUGGGAAACGAAAGAACCCUGACUAAUAGUGAAUCUGUAUGGCAAGAACUAGUUCAAGAUGCAAGAAAUCGCCAUUGUUUUUUUGAUGCUGAUUCUGAUGAAUGCUUGAAUAUGACUGUUAUAAAUACAAAGAAAGAGCUAGAGCAACUUGAUGAUCUAGUUAACGAGAGUAGUAUCCUUUUUAAACAUGCAAAAUGGAAGGUCUUGUUCAGCGACGACUUCAGAAGAUCAUUUGGAAAGCUGACUACUGCUCGUUUAAAGAAGCUUGUUUUAAGUCUUUUGUUGAGACUCUCUGGUGGUUGGCGGCCCAAAAACCGAAGUGUAGACUUGCGUUGUGAAAAAUCCUCACAUAUUCUGAAACAGUUUAAGGUUGCAGCGUUAUACGUUAUAUGCACAAUUGACAUCAUCAAGGAAUUCAAUUAUGUACAAGUUUUGAAGGUUUGGGAUUUAUUACCUUAUGAAGAGAUUCCAAAACUCAAAAGGCGUCUUGAGAAUAUAUUUUCUGCAUACACAGAUGAUUAUAUUAAUCGUUGUACAGAAAAAUGUGUGGAGAGGAAUUUGGAAGUUCCUAAGAGUUGGAUGGCAUCCGAAGAAAUUAUACGAUUUUGUUUUGUAAGGAAUACUGAACUGAGCUCUGGUGAUUGUAAAAGUCAUGUUGAAAACUCAAAGGUGAAUGAAAGCUUGUUGCUUAUGAAGUUCUACCCCUUGUCAGAUGGGGUUGUGAAACAUUUGCUUUCUGAUAAAGAACAACUCGAUCUACCCAUGCACGUCAGUGAUGAACAAAUGGAGAUUAUUCUAUUUUCGAAAAGCUCUUUCAUAAUUGGGCGUUCGGGAACAGGAAAAACCACUAUAUUGACUAUGAAGUUGUUCCAAAAUGAACAAUCUUUUUAUAUUGCUUCUGAAGGGAUUUAUGAAGGGGAGAGGAACAGUAUCAGUGAUUCAAAAGGUGUUGAUGAAUCUAAAGACAGAAAACCAAGUGUUCUCCGCCAACUUUUUGUGACUGUCAGCCCAAAUUUGUGUCAUGUUGUGAAGCAACAUGUUUCCCACCUCACAAGUAUUUCAUGUAAUGGGAAUACAUCAUUAGAGGUCAAUCUUGAUGAUCCCGACUUGAUAUCAGAAUUCAGUGAUAUCGCAGACACAUUUAUUGACAUUCCAGUGAAAACUUACCCCCUUUUUAUAACAUUUCAUAAAUUUCUAAUGAUGUUAGAUGGCACAUUGGGGAAUUCUUUCUUUGAAAGGUUUCCAGAGGCAAGAGAAGCUUCUCAUGGUAACCAUAUAAGUUCAAGAUCCAUUGCAUUGCAAACAUUUUUAAGACUAAGGGAGGUUACAUAUGACAGAUUUUGUACACUUUACUGGCCUCACUUUAACUCAAGCCUAACAAAGAAACUUGAUCCCUCCAGAGUGUUCACAGAAAUUAUAUCACACAUAAAAGGAGGCUUGCAUGCAGGGGAUUAUAGUGACGGAAAGCUAAGUUAUGAGGGUUACUGUUUAUUGGCUGAAAGUCGUUCGUCCACUUUAAUAAGAGAGAAAAGAGAAACUAUUUACUACCUCUUUCAAGCAUAUGAAAAGAUGAAAAAUGAGAGAGGUGAAUUUGAUUUGGGUGAUUUAUUCAAGAUCUUAGCAUGA